AUGCAGUACGUCCGAAGUAUCAGCGGUUCAGUCUCCAAAACGUGGAACUCGAUCAACCCGGCCACUCUUAGUGGAGCUAUUGACGUAAUAGUGAUUGAACAGGAGGAUGGAACGCUGGCAUGCUCUCCUUUCCAUGUCCGGUUCGGCAAAUUCUCCCUGCUUCGGCCUUAUGAGAAGAAGGUGGAAUUCUGCGUAAAUGGUGUUAAGCAGGACUAUGCGAUGAAGCUCGGCGAAGGCGGGGAAGCGUUUUUUGUCUUCGAAACCACCAACCAAGUACCCGAAUCCCUCCAAACCUCACCUGUUGUGUCGCCUGCAGCUAGCCCACUGCAUGCAGCUAGCGAGUCGGAUAUACCGUCAAGCUCGCUUCAGGAACCGGACUUUCUAGAUCUAUCUGCAAGUUCGCCAAAUGAUAAGCUUGACGGAAGGCCGACUAUACCAACAACGGGCAGAAUGUCAACAGACCCUGUUAUCUCAACAACGAUCUCAAAGUCUCUGGAUGAUAGCCGACCUUGGCUAGGCGGUUCUCCGGGAGCUCCAGAUGAAUUUCUCCCGCCACACACACCCCGUUCGAGGGCCGGUAGUACCGUGGAUUUUGAUCCGGCACGUCUUUCGCCACCGCCCUCAACAUUUAGCCCAGAGAAAGACUCCCCGUCUUCGCAAAGAUCCCAGAGCCCCCCUCCUGUUUCUGCUCAAGAAGCGUACUCUCGAGCCUUGUCACUCUCCAAAAAGCUGGAAGUCUCCAAUAUCCCGUCGAAGGUUACUGAAACCGGAGAUUUGAUGCUUGACAUGACAGGAUAUAAAAGCAGCGAUGAGGACGCAUUGCGUGCAGAGCUGGUUGCUCGUAAACUUCUUGCCGAGGAAUUGGAAGGACAUUACGACAUUGGAGCUUUGAUUGGUGCGGAUGAACAUGGGAAUCUUUGGAUAUACAGUAGUGAAGAGGCAAAGGAAUCCGCCUCCCGUCGCGCCACAUUUAAUGACCUCCCAAAUAAUCACCCUUUACCUGGCGACGCCCUAUCAGAGCCUGGAUACCAUAGCGACAGCGAACAGACUGCGGCAAUAUCAAACCAAAGGCACAUUCGCUCCCAGUCGGAUUUACAAGGUGUCUAUGCCACGCCACCACACACUCCAUUGGAAGAUUCGACAGCCGAUGAUAACACCCGAAACUAUGCAAAAACACUCCGACUGACAAGCGAACAGCUCAGGGCAUUAAAUCUGAAAUCGGGUGCUAACCCCAUGACCUUUACAGUAAAUAGAGCGACAUGCCCAGCAAUUAUGUACCUUUGGAACUUCAAGACUCCCAUCGUGAUAUCUGAUAUUGACGGAACGAUUACAAAAUCUGAUGCAUUGGGGCACGUUCUCAAUAUGAUCGGACGUGAUUGGACACAUGUCGGUGUUGCUAAAUUAUAUACAGAUAUCGUGAAUAAUGGCUACAACAUCAUGUAUCUGACCAGUCGCUCAACCGGACAGGCAGACACUACACGUACCUAUCUUAAUGGAAUUGUCCAGGACGGGUAUAAACUUCCCAAAGGCCCGGUAAUCAUGAGUCCUGAUCGCACGAUUGCUGCCCUUCGACGUGAGAUUUAUUUGCGGAAGCCAGAGGUUUUUAAAAUGGCUUGUCUUCGCGAUAUUCUUAACCUUUUUAAAGGACGUGAGAACCCUUUCUAUGCGGGAUUUGGAAACCGCCUUACGGAUGCGCUUAGUUACCGGUCUGUCAAUAUUCCAUCCACAAGAAUCUUUACUAUCAACUCCAAUGCAGAGGUUUAUUUGGAUCUUCUCAGUCUCAAUAAGUAUAGAAGCAGCUAUGUCUCAAUGAGGGAGUUGGUGGAUCACUUUUUUCCACCCGUAAGCUUGCUGGUGCAAGAGGGCGCUGAGGAUUUCACAGAUUUCAGGUACUGGCGUGAUAGCCCUGGCGAGCUAGAAGACUUCUCUGUUACGGAUAGUGACGAUACAGAUGACAAUAAUCCGGACGAGGAGGACUUAAGCGAUGACGGCACAUAUGAAGAUGAUGAACUUGCCGAUGUGAUGGGAGCAAGCUAUAUCUCCCGCACUUCUCUUACAUCCGGCGAAAUGGCUGAGUCAAUAAUUGAAUCGGAAGAAGAUGGUGGCCUUGAUGGAACAAGCCAAGAGAGUCUGAGUAGUGACCCUCCAAACGCUAAGUCUCCAACCCGACAUCGUUGA